AUGGCAGAUCAGAGCAUCCCCAUCGAGUUGAUGCGCACGGGAGAAAAGCCUGGCCGGGUGGUCAUCAGAACGGGCAACACUUGCGGAUCGAGCUCACAGCUUUGGAGACAUUUCAACCUAUUUGUCCACCCAGAAGGACCUGAGCCAAAGUCAUGCAUGGCCCUGCGGAAGUUGAAAUGUGCACCGACCGACAGGACUGAUUCCAUUGAGAGCUAUCGUUUUCUGCGGCAGUGGUUGGAUCAGUGCAAUGAUCAUCAUCAAUGCGCUGCGCCGGAGCCCCCCCGCUUGCCCAAACGCGUUCUCAGGAUUCACUCAGACCGAGUCCACCUGUAUCUCAGCCAAGAGAACGAACAGGCUCGGUAUGCGACCUUGUCCCACCGCUGGGGGGACGUCGAUGAGGCAUUCGUCUUGGAGCUGACGAACCUCGACUCCCUCACCGAGGACAUCGCGUGGUCUCAACUCCCCAAAACUGCCCAGGAUGCCAUAGAAAUCUGUCGGAAACUCGGCAUCGAUUACCUGUGGAUCGACUCCUUGUGCAUCAUCCAACACUACCAGCCAGAUUGGGACGACCAGUCCGAGAAAAUGUGCACCAUCUACGGUCAGUCUUAUCUCAACAUUGCAGCGAUGGACUCGAACGACUCCCGCGGUGGCUGCUUUCGGUCAACAGGGUCGGACAGGCGAUUCCCUCCUCACACUGUGCCUGGCUACCCAGCUCUCCAAGUCCAGCAGCAGCCUCACUUCACUCACCUUGAUUUCGGUGCAAACUACGCGACGUCUCCGGCCUCUCCCCCGCUCCUCCGUCGCGGCUGGGUCCUGCAAGAGCGUCUCUUGUCUCCCCGUUGUGUCUAUUACGGUAGAGACGAACUCCUCUGGGAGUGCAAAGCGUGUGCGGACUGUUUCUGCGGCGGGACCAACGUCAUUGCCCGCUUCAAAGACGUCCAUCAUCGCUCGCUGACCCCGAAUGGCGAUUCUUUGCCCUUUGCCUGGAUGAGAAUCACCGAGCGGUAUUCUUCCCUGGACCUGACGCGCGUCUCCGACAGGGCAAUCGCACUGUCCGGUAUCGCCCAGAAAGUGGUGGAGUCGGGCCGAGGAGGGAAAUACCUCGCUGGACUGUGGUGGGACAAACUGGCCCACCAGCUUGUCUGGGCGCUGUCCAACACGUUCCACAGACCCAAGGAGUACAUUGCGCCCAGCUGGUCAUGGCUGUCGGUGCUCGGCCGGGUCGAAUACGGUCCAAAUCGCAUGGACUAUGGAGCUGCCUGGUCGACCGUCGAUGUCGUGAUCACAGAUGCCGCGGUUUCAGCGUCAAAGCCAGAUGGCACGGGCAAGAUCAACUCCGGCUAUCUUCUCCUUGACGGCAAGGCUCUCAGCAUGCAAGUCGAGGUGGUCGAAGUGGUGAAACGAGGCCGGCCGCAGAUGAAGCUGACGCACUCCGAACCUUACAUCGAGUAUCCCGUUUUCCUCCCCGACUAUGUGAUGACACCAAAGCAAGCCGUGGCGAUUGAGAAGGUUGUUGUGCUCUACUGGGCCCAGGUUGUCGACGAAGAGACUUUUAUGGUUCUGUGGCAGGUCCCCUACGCCAACGGCGGCGUGGCAUACGAACGACUUGGACUGCUGGUGGCGGAUGGCCACUGGACUCGACAGUUUCAGGGUGUCGCGGAACGCAGAACGGACAUACGGGUCGUCUAG